CACUCUCACACACACACACACACAGUUGCACACACACACAUACAGAUUGGUGCACAUGUACUCACAAUAGCCCAUUUAAAGAAGCUUUCUACAUAUCAUUCAUUCAUUCAUUCAUUGAUUCAUUCAACCAUCCAUUUGUCGAUUCACUUCGCUUAAUUUAUUUCUAUCAGAAUGAAAUGGAAUCUUUUUCAUAAGAAACAUUAUACUACUGAUAAACAGUAUUCAUCCACUAAUACACGUACAAUAUAUGCUCAUCAUUAUAAAAAUUUCAAUGGUGAAUUAUAUCAUCAUAAUUAUUGUAAUAAUCAUAUUCAUUCAACACAUUAUAAAUGGUAUAAUUUUUUUUAUAAAAAUUUAUAUGAACAAUUUCAUAAUAUAGCAAAUAUUUAUUUUUUAUUAAUUAUUAUUACAUAUUUUUUUGUGGAUGAUAGUGGAAAUGCCUCAGUUACUAUUAUCCCAUUAAUUGUUAUUCUUAGUAUUACAAUGAUUAAAGAUGGUUUAGAUGAUUUAUUACGUUAUCAUUUUGAUCAACAAUUAAAUUCCAUUGAAUAUUAUGUAUUAACAAUUGAUUUUCAUCGAAAAUCAAUAAAAUGGAUUUUAAAAAAAUCUUCUUUAUUAUUAGUUGGUGAUGUCAUUUAUUGUCAAAAUAAUCAAUCAUUUCCAUGUGAUUUAUUAUUAUUAUAUUCAUCUAAUAAUAAUGGACAAGUUAAUAUUACGACAAUGAAUUUAGAUGGUGAAACAUCUAUUAAACAAUAUUAUUCAUUAAUUGAAUAUCAAUCAAUUUAUUCACAAUAUUCAAAUAAUCAUUUAAUUCAAACACAUUUAAAACAAUUCAAUUUUCAAUUGAUCAUUGAACAAUUAUAUUUACAUGUAAUAUGUCAACAACCCAAUGAGAAUUUGAUGACCUUUCAAGGUCAUUAUGAAACCGCUCAACAUUUAAAUCAUCAUCAUGAUAAUGUUGGUGGUGGUGGUGGUGGUGAUGAGGGUGAAGGUGAAGGUGGUAGUGGAAGAUAUUUACCAUUAAAUAGGAAAAAUUUAGUAUUACGUGGAUCGAAAUUAAUAUCUACAGAUUAUAUUAUUGGUUUAGUUAUUUAUACUGGUCAAGAUACAAAAUUAUCAUUAAAUAGUAAAAAUUCACAAAGAAAAUAUAGUACACGUGAAAGAUUAUCUAAUAUAAUUUUAUUAAUGUUUAUGGUUGCCAUGGUAACUAUCACUUUAAUUGUUACUAUCAUAUCAACUAUAUGGAUAAAACAAAAUAUUCAUAAAAUAUGGUAUAUUACAUUUGAAUUAUUAACAAUAUGGCAAUUUAUUCGUAGUAUAUUUCGUUAUUUAUUUAUUAUUAAUUAUUUAAUACCAAUAUCAAUUAUAGUCACUACAGAAUUUCAACAAUUACUAUUAGCUUAUUUUAUAUCGAAUGAUAUAACUAUGUAUAAUUCAAUAGAGAAUAUAAAAAGUCAUGCAAAUAAUUCACAAUUAUCCGAUGAAUUAGGUCAAAUUGAAUUUUUAUUUUGUGAUAAAACUGGAACAUUAACACAAAAUUUAAUGAAAUUACAAUCAUGUUGUUUAUUAUCUAAUGAACAAUUAUAUCAAUUUUAUAAGGAUCAAGAUCAAGAUCAAGAUGAUGAUGAUGAUCAUCAUCAGAAUACUACUGAAUUAACUACUUAUAAUGCGUUGAAUUCAUCUUUGAAAUUAUUAGAGAUGAAUGAAAAGUUUCGUGAAUUUUUAACUAUCAUAUCAUUAUGUCAUACUGUUGAAUUAAAAAAUCAUACUCAAAUGGUUAGUACUAAUAAUACACAACAAUCACCAAUGAAUACUGAUGAACCAUGUAGAUUUUAUGAAUAUGAAGCAACAUCACCUGAUGAGAAAGCAUUAGUUGAAGGUGCUUCAAAACUUGGUGUUGUAUUUUCAGGCAAAGAACUUGAUUUCAAUGAGACUGGUUCAUAUAAAUUGUAUAUUGAUUAUUGGUCAUAUUCAUCAACAACAAUAAAAGAGUCAAAUAAUGAAAAGUUUAUUAAUCGUCAAUGUUAUAUUGUUGAUGCCGUAUUGGAAUUUGAUCCAACACGUAAACGUAUGAGUGUUAUGGUACGUUAUCCUAAUGGAACAUGUUGUGUAUUGAGUAAAGGAGCAGAAACUGCAAUUUUAGAUCCUGAGAGAUGCAGUACUACAUCUGGUUAUCUACGUUCACGUGCUAUUCAUUAUGUUAAUGAAUAUGCAAUUCACGGUUUACGUACACUUGUAUUUGCUAAACGUAGAUUACAUAAAUCUAUUUAUAUGAAAUUAUUAGAACAGUUCAAAUAUGCCUCUAGUCUAUGCGAUAAUGAACGUAUUCAUGCAUUAAAACAAUGUUAUAAUGAAAUUGAAUAUGAUAUGAUACCAAUAUAUGUUACUGGUAUAGAAGAUAAAUUACAACCUGGUGUAAAAAAUUGUAUAAAAGCUUUAAAAGAAGCUGGAAUACAAAUAUGGAUAUUAACCGGUGAUAAAGCUGAAACAGCAAUUACAGUAAGUCAAUCUAUUGGACAUUUUACAUCGAAUAUGUCAUUAAUAAGAAUAAUGAAUUGUCAAACAUUACAAUCAACAGCAUAUAAAAUUUAUGAACAAUUAGAUGCAUUAUAUUCAUAUCAUAAUGAUCAUAAACAAAAACCUAAUCAUCAUUCUAUAUUAACAAUGUCAAGAAUUAAAACAAUAAAUUAUAAUAGAAAUUCAUUUCAUAUAUCCUCCCCCUCUUCCUCCUCCUCCUCCUCCUCAUCAUCAUCAUCAUCAUCAUCAUCAUCCUCAUCAUCAUCAUCAUCAUCAUCAUCCACUUCAAGACCAUCUUCAUGUAUGGAUCGAUCAUACAAUAAUAAUACUAAUAGUAAUAGUAAUAAUAAUGAUGUUUAUUAUUAUGGUUCAAAUGAAUUCAUUUUCAAUAAGAAAGGUUGUAUAACUAGUCGAUAUAUAAGACGAAAGCAUAAAAAGCAUCCUGGUAUGGCAAAUGAAUCAAUUGGUCUUGUUAUUGAUGGAAAAAGUUUACAAUAUGCAUUACAUACCUCAGUACGUGAUGCAUUUCUAGAAUUAUGCAUGAAUGUUACAACAGUGUUAUGUUGUCGUAUGACACCACUACAAAAAGCAUCUAUUGUUAAAUUAGUUCAAAUUGGUUUGGCGAAACAUACACGUUAUGGUAUGAAACCAGUUAUAGCUGCAGUUGGUGAUGGUGGUAAUGAUGUAGCUAUGAUUUUACAAGCUAAUAUUGGUGUCGGAGUCUAUGGAAAAGAAGGUCGUGAUGCAGUUAGAGCCGCGGAUUAUUCAGUGACACAGUUCAGACAUAUUCAACGAUUAUUUUUGUUACAUGGACAUUGGUCAUAUUAUCGUAUUACAAUAACCAUGUUAUUUUUUUAUCAUAAAUCUGUAGCAUUUGUAACUAAUCAAUUAUGUUUAAUUUAUUUUAAUGGUUAUUCAGAUAUUCCAUUAUUUGGUACCAUUUUAUUUAUUUGUUAUAAUUUAACAAUGACAUUUUUAGUUAGUUUAGGUUAUGGAAUGUUUGAACGUCAUAUUCAAGAAAAGAUUCUAUUGAAUAAACCAUAUUUAUAUAAAGAAAUAUCCCAUCAAGCAAAUUUAAGAGCAUGGUAUAUUGUUUUAUGGAUUCUAGAUGGUAUAUGGCAUGGUGUUGUAACAUUUUUUAUACCAUUCUUUUGCUUAGCUGGUGGUAAUUUAUAUGCUGAAGCUAUUUUCUAUGAAACUAAGAAUAAUUCAUAUAGAAUUUAUGAUUUUACAAUGAUUGGUAAUGCAUCAUUUGUUUAUUUAUGGAUUGCUGUAACAUUACGUUCAACAAUAUGGACAAGAGAUUUUAAUAUGAUGUUAAUUAUGUCUCAUAUUGGUACAACAUUAAAUGUUGUUAUUUUAUUUCUUUUUCAAACAUUUGUUCCUUCUACAAGUAAUGAAUAUCAAAGAUAUGCUCAAUUAUGUCGAAGUCCUGCAUUUUGGUUCGCAUUCCCAUUAACUGUUUUUAUAGCCAAUAUUCCAGGAUUAAUUUGGCGUUUAGCCUCAGAUACAUGGUGGACUAUACGUAUUGAAUUGAAAAAUUUACCUAAAAAAAAUAAGCGUAAAUCUUAUUUGAAUAAUCCAUUAGUUUGGUUGAAAGCAUUCGUUUUUGGUCAAACAGAAGAAAAUGAAUCAAUCCUUCAGAAAAAUGAAAAUGAUAUAAACACUUUUAAAGAACAAAUAAAUCAUAGUUACCAGCCAUAAAACAUGUUAUUGUUACUAUGUUUAUCCCUUGGAUACAAAGAAUAAUUAGUUUAUCUUGUGAAUUUUUGUAAAAAAUGCAAACUGUUACAUUUAAAGAAAAGAUUCAUAAUCUUCAUUUACGUUUUUCUAUUUCAUUUUGUAACUAAAUACUAUAAAUAUACUUUCAUUUCUUCAUCAAGUGCAAUAAUACAUAGGUACAUUGUAAUAUAAAUUUCGGUUAAACUAUUUGCCUACUCAUGAGUAAGCAAACUUUGAUAGACAAUUUAUUUGUUACUUGCCUCGAUUAUUAUUAAAACCUGUUGUGUACAAUGUGAUUAAUUUGAUGAAUCAUCGCUGUACCUUUGAUAUAUUACACAAAGUGUCUGUGUGUUUCUAAGAGGGUUAACAUUUACCCAUACAUAAUAAGUGUACAAAAUAUAUUGCAUUGCAUUGCUUGAACAUGAAUGGUUUUGUUUGUAUUGUGUUACGAUGUAUUGAAUUUCAACAAUUUCAUGACAACGUCACAUAUUGAUACGAUUAUUAUUGUCAGCUGAUUCUGAUAAUGUUUACGUGGCUUUAAAAGAAAAAAGACAAACUCAGAAUGAAACGUUUAUCCAUCUUAAAAUAGCUGACUGAUAACAACUUUAUUUUUGUUUUAAAUCAUGUGCUCUACAAAGUUUUCUUUAUUACAAUGAUGUAUGUGUGACUGAGAUACGUCUCAUUUCUAUUUAUAUCCGAUGAGAUAAUUUAGUCUUUUUGAACCAUAAAACUCCAAUUUCAUGGAUGUAUAAUGAUAAAAUGUCUCCUGAUCAAUGGUCACUAAAGUUGUUUCAAGAUUGACUUAAUCGAUCACUGAAAUUCAGAUGUCAAUUAUCAUCAGUGACGUUCGGUCACAACUCAAUAUAAUAGCAUGUCAUAAUGUUGUGGUUUAAAAGAAUUUGAUCAUAUUAACAUCAAUUAUUAUUAAAUCGAGAGCAGAGAAUUAUAAGACAACUCAACUUCGUUAGUUCAUGAAAUAAGUGAACCACGUAAUUUAUACUACAUAGAUCAAACUCACUAGUUGGUUGGUAUAGCAGCAUUCCAUUUACAUGUUGGAUCUCCGAUGAAAACUAUAAAGUCAGGUCACAUUGAAGAACAUUUCAGGUAUGUUCAAAGGCUGAACCUUGAAUGUCAAUGGUGAUAAUGGAUCAUAAAACUUCAGGGUGAUCCUUAGCAGGAGGAACUGUACGAACCAGAUUGUGAGACUUGGUGCAAAACAUUUGAAUACAAUCACAUAAAUAUAAGUGUCAUGCAUGAACAUUCAGGUUAAAAUAUCCAAUUUAUUGUUUAAUGCACCACGACACAGUGGUUUAGUAAAAUAUGAAGACCAUACAUCAUAUACUUCAUUUGAACAUCUGUCAGUUGUCCCUCACAAAUUCAUCAUUCCUUUUUUUCGUUAUUAUAAUUACUCUCUGCUUAUGUUUCUACCCUCCUCGAUUCGAUCUUCUCAACCUUCUGCCGCCAGACAUUCAACUUUUGACUGGUGUUACACACUACUUGUAUCUGUCAACAUAAGUAGCAUACACCACACGUCUAUAAAGAAACCAAGCGCAUAAAUAUGCUCAAUACUUUUAGCGGCCUGCUGACUUCCACACAGACGAGAUUUAUGGAUCUUAAAACAUAUCGUAGAAUAAUUUAUUCAUAUUAACCACAAUAAAUCGCAAGUUAUGAUGUAGUUCAAUGUAGGCCACAUAUAGAGACAAAC